GAGAGUUUUCCCCGAACAGUCAGAAAAAAAAAAGGGAAAUUCGAAGUCCGCAGCCGGAGGCCCCCACGGCGGCGGCGCUAUGGCGAUCUCUCCGCCUCCGCCGAGCCCUAGCUCCGGCGACCCGAUCGAGGCCGCGAGACACGCCGCCGCGGCCGCCCUGGCAGUGCCCGCACGCCUAUGGGGCUCCCUCCUCGCCCGCCUCCCUUCGCUCUCGGACCGCCGCCCCCGCCGCCGCCGACGCCCUGCUCUUCCGCUCCCCUUCCGCACAGCCGCCGCCCAUUCCGCCCGGGCUACCGGUGAGACGCCCAAAGCUUUUGGCAUCCUAGAAGAUAUUGUACAACACACGCUGUGUAGUUUGCAUGGUAUUCAGAAAAGCUUACUCUUUUGGCAGUCCAAAGCUGAGGGAACAAAUUCACAGAAAAUGUAUUUUAUGAUCUUUGAAAGGGGACCAAGGGCCUUUGUUAAAGCAACAUAUCAGACAUUGACUAGACUAAGGAGCAAUGAGAGUCCAACCCAGUACAUUUUGCACUCUGCAUCUGAUAUGGUCUCAACAAAACUUGCUGUCCUGACAAACAUGCAACACUGCUUGGCUGCUUUUCUUGCUGAGGUUUAUUGCGAAGUUGACAAAUUCAAAGAAGGAUUAACUGAAAAUUCAGAUAAAUCGCUUCACACACUGUUUGCUGUUUUGAAUACUGUCUUCUCCAAAUUGGAGGUAUCACUCCAAAAUGUUUGUGAGGGGCAUACUCUACUGUUCGCACUCGAUGGAAGCCCAUCUGAACUUCUCUUUGAAAGAUUACCAGAAAUUGAUUAUGAUAACUCAGAGUGGACAGAGGCCUCCUCAACAGAUGCUAUAUGUUUUAUCUACCAAAACCUCCAGAAGCUAGAUAACCUUGUUUGCUCUCAGCUCUCAAGGCAUAAAAAACCAAGACAUAUGACCAUAUACUGGUUGCCCUACACAUGUGGAGCGUUGGGUCUCUCGGCAUGUUCUCUGUGGCUUUUGCGACACAGUAGCUUGAUGGGAAGUUCUGACAUCGACAACUGGGUUCAAAGUGCCAAAGAGUCAAUAGCUGGAUUUUGGGAUGUGCAUGUUGAGAAACCUAUCAUUUCCAUCAGAGGUGAGCUUUUUGAGACAUUCAAAAACAGAGGUAAACAUGUAAUGGAUACACAAGAGGUCCAACUGAAUGAAGAAGUAUUGCGCAGGAUGAUGCUUGAAUUUUGUCAGCAAACUUCAAAUGAGAAGCUGCCACAAGAUAUAUCAGAUCAAGCACUUAUGGAGAAUUUCAUGGAGAGAUAUGAGAAGGAAUGGACCCAUCCUGUUAAGAAUCUUUUCGGUGGAGAGUUAGCAUAUGCCAUGCUUAUCCAGCUUCAGAAGCGCACAGUGGAUAUCAAGCAGGCAAUGCUGGAACUGGAUCAGAUUCUUAAAGGAAAUGCGAUAAACUUCGCUAUUCUUGCAGCUUUACCUGCAUUUGGUGUUUCGCUUUUGCUCCUCACUGUGGUGCAAGCAUGGAUUAUGAAUGACCAAGGCGCCGAGGGAAGAGGCAGGAUUGCACGGCGCCAAAGAAGGCUGCUGCUUCUUGAUGCAGAGAGAAAACUUAUGGAGUUUAAAAAUUGCAUGAUUAAUGGAAUGGAGGAAGAGGCAUGCUGUAAGUUCGGAUUAACACUGUACAACCUUGAUAGAUUAUACAGAGCUGUUGAAUCACAUGCAGAAGAAACAGGCGAGUGGUCAAGAUUAAGAGAAGACAUUUUGGAUCUGGCGAAACCUAAGAUGAGUAUGACAGACAAGCUGGUGGUUCUUUCACGACUGAAGGGAACGUAUGACUGCUUUCCAUAGCCAUUAGGGGGUGUUUGAUGCAUCUGAAAUUUUUCAUCAUCCUUUUUUUUUCCUCGGGUGAUGAUUGGUGAACUUACUGUGGUUCAUUUUGAGACGAUGAAUGCGCAAAUCCUGCCUAGGCAUUCAGUCUGAUGCACCUGCUGGUAGGAUUUCCAUGAAGAUUUUGAUACCGAAAAUACGAUAGAGAAAUGGCCUUGUGCCGCUCCUAAUGUCUAGUACUUAUUUCUUAUGAUGUGAAUGGAUGAUCUUUUUGAUGAGCCACUGGAAAUAACAGUUUUUACUCUCAUGAGCUAUAAAGAACAAACGGUUCGAGGUGAUAA